GACGAAAAGGAAACAAACUCCCAAUCAAAGAAAUAUCGAAAUUCGCAUCUCUCCUAUCACUGUUGGAGUAUAUUUGGUUUUCUCUCUCUCUCUAAAUCGACGGUGGCCAACAGAUUUUGUCCCUCUUCGCAUCCUCCAAAUCGAUAGUGGCCAUCGGAUUUUGUGUUCUCUAGAGAUUUUUAGAGAGAGAAAGAGUUGCAGAGUGGGAAGAGAAAAGGAAACGUAUUUCAUAUGGAGAUUACUGUUCUUCGUAGGCAAUAACCUGAUUACAGAAAUGGCGCUCCCUCAGCUGGUACCCUCUUCAUCUUCAACUCUCACUUACAAACCCUAUUUACACUCUCCUAUAUCCUCCUUAAACCCUGAUACCACUAAGAAUUUUAAUCGUUUUUCUUCCCCAUCCUACAAAACCCUAGCUUCUCCUUCUUCUCAUUCUCAUCAUCGCCGGAGACCUUUUAUUUUCCGAUGCUCCACCUCCUCUUUCUCCGAGAAGCACCACAGUGGAUCCCCCGAAUCCGAUGAUCUUGUGGAACUCCCUCUCUUUCCUCUCCCUCUAGUCCUCUUCCCCGGCGCUAUCCUUCCCUUGCAAAUCUUCGAGUUUCGUUUCCGCAUAAUGAUGCAUACCCUCCUUCAGACCGAUCUCCGAUUCGGCGUCAUCUAUUCCGACAACACUACCGGCACCGCAGAAGUUGGCUGCGUGGGUGAGGUCGUCAAGCUUGAGCGUCUCGUAGAUGAUCGUUUCUUCCUCAUCUGCAAGGGCCAGGAACGGUUCCGCGUCUCCAGCAUCGUCCGCACCAAGCCAUACUUGGUUGCCAAGGUUUCAUGGCUGGAGGAUCGCCCAACGGCAGAUGAAGAAGAUCUCGAUGCAUUGGCCAAUGAGGUGGAGACUUAUAUGAAAGAUGUGAUUCGCUUGUCUAAUCGAUUGAAUGGGAAGCCGAAAAAGGAAGCUCAGGAUUUGAGAAGGAAUUUGUUUCCGACGCCAUUUUCGUUCUUCGUCGGAAGUACUUUUGAAGGUUCUCCCAGAGAACAACAGGCUCUAUUGGAAUUAGAGUACACGGCGAUGAGGUUGAAGAAAGAGAAGGAGACGUUGAGAAAUACCCUUAAUUAUUUGAGUGCUGCCUCUGCCGUCAAAGAUGUCUUCCCAUCCUCAUCUGUGUGAGUGAACUGAGACGAGGUUUGUUCUCAUACUCUGAACAUCUUUCAACUUCGAAUUGGUUCUCUUUUACAUUAUCUGCUCGCUGAGAAGGUCUCGGGUAUCAGAGAACAAAAAUAUUUUUGAGAACAAAACAAAUGGGUAAGGGUUGAAGGGUUGAAGGGUUGAACUGUGCCAAAUUAUUCUCUGCUCUUGUUGAGAACAAAACGAACCUUUUAUUCUUGGCUUCACCACAACAUUGGAACAACUCUUGUUGUGUUUGAUUUUGAUUCGUACGGAAUGGAUGGCUUGGAGAAUUGAAGAGACAAGUUGAGGAAUGUUUAUAUGGAGUAUUCUCAUGAAUUAACUGGUGCCACCAAAUAUAAUCGAGUAUGGAAUCUGGAUCACCUACACUUGAAUGUGAAAGUUUUAAGGGCGUGUUUGGUUGCGUAAAUCUAUGGAUUUACAUUUUGUAGAUUCAUAAUUCUGUGUUAUUUGUACAUUUUAUAAAUUUGUCCUUCUGCUUCCAUAAAUGUUCAUCUAUGCAGUCUAGUGCAUAAUAACAUGAUAGUAAAGUUUACCAAA